GAAGCUAGAAUGAAAACUGUGGAAGCCCUUGAGAAAUUUGACUUUGGUCAGACGGAGAAGUGUGUUAGGAUCAAUUCAGUGUCCAGUGGUCUUGCAGAAGAAGAUAUGAAGGUCAUUUUGAAAUCCAAGGUUCUUCCUACUAGCCUGAUGCUCCCCAAAGUUGACAGCGUAGAAGAAAUAAAAUGGUUGAUAGAGAAAUGUGCGUGCCACUUAGAAGGCCGAACGCCGAUCAAUUUCAUUCCUUUUGUGGAAAGCGCAAUGGGCUUGCUCAAUUUUAAGGCUGUUUGUGAAGAGACUCUGAGAACAGGACCACAUGUUGGCCUUCAUCUGGAUGCAGUGGUAUUUGGAGGCGAGGAUUUUCGUGCCAGUAUAGGUUCAACAAGUAGUAAAGACACUCACGACAUUCUUUACGCACGGCAAAAAAUUGUGGUCACAGCAAAGGCUUUUGGCUUGCAGGCCAUAGACCUUGUCUAUAUAGACUUCCAGGAUGAAGAUGGGCUACGUCAGCAGUCAAAAGAGGGUGCCCUCAUGGGUUUUACUGGUAAGCAGGUGAUUCACCCUAAUCAGGUUGCUAUUGUCCAGGAACAAUUCUCCCCGAGCCUUGAAAAAAUAAAGUGGGCGCAAGAACUGAUUACAGCUUUUGAAGAACAUCAGCGUGUAGGAAAGGGCGCCUUCACUUUCCAUGGCAGCAUGAUAGACAUGCCGUUACUGAAACAGGCCCAAAACAUUGUUACACUUGCCACUGCCAUCAAGAAAAAAUGAUCUGCUAAAUGAACUUUUCCUGAAGAGUGAUUCCAGGAGCUGCUUAAAGAAAGAUUAUAUAAUACUUAGAGAAAGAACAGUGUAACACUUCAUACUUUAUACUUCAGUACAAUUCAGAAUACAUGUCCAACAACUUCAGUCUAUUUUUCUUACUGAAUGUCAAUCAGAGUGGUAAGAUUGGAGCCUGUUUCCUAUGACAAAUGAGUUGUGACAGAGCUGAAAGCAAAACUGUUUCAUUUGGAAAACUGGCCAAUUAAAAUCAACCAGUGAUGUGGACAAACAGAUUUCAAUUAAUGUUUGACUCAGAAAUUUUUCAGUGAAGAACAGAGUCACCAAGGGAGGAAAGAGUUCCUUAUCUUCCAUGGGUAUGCAGCAAAGUAGCUCUUGGGAGGUGUAUUUUGUUGUGCAAAAGAGAGAAGAGCUGUUCUUUGCUUAAAAUUCCCUCUUCUACACAACCAGAAGUAUUAAAGACGUUUUCAGGAGUUUUAGAGACUUGACACAUACAGUAUGAUGAGAUCCAUAGACAUUCCUUCCUCAACUUCUGUUCCUGUUGCUUUAAGAGUUAAACUGAAGGCAGAUGUUCCAGCAGGCAUGUCUUCUCCUGCUGAGGAUGAUAAAAGCCACCUUUUGGCAUUGUUCUGUGAGACUUUUAAAGGUAGAACCUCCUUUCUGACUAGAUUUACAAAUUAGCUUCUUUCAGUCAGAACACGAGUUUAGAAUAAUUAAGCUAAAAUAGCAGCUUGUGAUCCAAUGGAUUUGCUGCAUGCAGUAGAAAGUGUAAGCUCAAAAUCAUUUAAUAUGUAUUAGUUCUUUAAAAGUUUGUAGCUAAACUUUUGUACUCAUCAAUGAGGAGUAGAGUUAAAACCAUCUGUAUUUUUUUCAGAAGUUUUAGAAAAGUAAGUAAUUAGAUGUUUUCCCAUUUCACUGCUGCAGAGAGCACAACUGUCAUGUGUACCUCUUCCCACCUAAAUGGGCACAUCAUGUUCUUUUCAAGUGCAAUGGAUAUGUGAUUUAUAAACAUGUGCAGUUUGGUAUGUCCCUGUAAUCAUAAGUGCCCAUGGAGAAGGGUUUUAUAAAAAUUGCUUUUUAAAAAGCAUCUCACUGUUAAGUCAGACCACUAGUUUUUCUUCGGCAUGCUCUGCAUUGCUUUUACUAUCACCACAAAGGGUGAGAGCAGAGGAAUUAGAGGUUGUAAAUUUCUUGUCCUUGCUUUCAGAAAGCUUGAUUUUUUUUUUCCUUAACACCCAAUGAUAGCGCUACUUGAAUCCCUGCAGAUAUCCAUAUUACAGCAUUUUCAGCCCUGCAGAAAUCUGUCUUGAACAUGACCUUGAGGGAAGGGGGUAGUUACCUGUGCCUUCCACAAGCACAUUAAUAAAGUCUGGUUUUAAAUUAA